AAAGUAUGAAAUAGUAAACAGUCAGUUGUAGUUUAGUUUAGUGCGUUUAUUAGACAACAAAGAAAAAAAAACAUAUCCAGUAAAACAGAAAACAACUAUAUCGUCAGUUGGUGUCUGAACUUAUUCACAUGAAAGCGUUUCACUUGUCUCAAGUAUAUCAUUGUAAAUACAAUAAUACAUAUAAUAAUUCCACAUUUAAGUGCACUGGUAUUUACAUGGUACUACACGGUACAAAAACAGUGGAUAUUUAUUCAUACUUCAGUGCUUGAUGUUAUUAGAUGUCUAUGCAAUUUUGGUUUCGAUUGCUCGUAGAUAAAUAUCCACUUCCUCUCUGUAAUUUAUCCACUCCAUCAUCCAGUAAUUGUUUUCGAGAAACCAAAUGGUCCAGUCUGCGAUGAACUGAACGAUUCAGACCGAAGCGCGUUUGAGAAGUUCAUCGAAAAGAAUCGACUCAAAAGAAUCAUCCAUUCGCGAAUCGGGAAUCACCACUUCUGAUUCAAAACAGACAGACAACAGAAAAUACAAGGCACGAGGCUUGAAAGCUCUAUUAUUUUCAGGGAAAUGCAUCGCUAAACAGACCUUCGCUACUGAAAAGCGAUAUGAUCCAAAAACCAUCAACGUUACCACAUAGCUACCGAGAUGUAUAUUUAAACUAACAGUUGGACCAGUCGUGGCGAUGCUACCGGCAUUGUUCAUAGGCUGAUACUUGAUUGUAAAGGAUACCAAAAUAAUAACAACUGCUGAAUACUGUAUCAGCCUUCUGAACAAUAAAUUUGGGAGACUGGCAGUCGCAUCGGACAGCGCAUUCGGUGUAUUUUUAACCCUCUGUUGCUGCAUUACCGGAGUACCGUCAGCCGUCCACCCACGUGCUUCAAAACGCAGAGACGGAGGCAGCAAAAACGCACUUUCUGCGGCUCUGCCCGUCCGAGCGGAGCGACAGGGGGCGUCCAACGUGUUGCCGAAGCGCAGGCGGUGGGUGCAGUCGGGGCCGCUGUAGGGAAGGAGGGAGGGAAGUGAGGAAGGGAGGGCGAGAGGAGAAGGAGGGAUGGAGAUGGAUGAUAGAUGCUUAUGUAGCGCGUCCCGUACGUUUGCCGUUAUGCUCGGCCGCAGACAAACUUGCAUCCUCCCGUGACUUUCUUUCUUUCCCUGCUGCUCCACCCAUGAAGCAGGACGCAGGGCGAAUGCGUGCCAGUGUUCCGGAGCGCGUCGUGAUCGCUUAUUUAUCCGUCUAAUAAAUGGUUUUGGAGCUCGCCGCGCCCGCCGGUGCAGGCCCUGCGCUCCAGCGCUGCAUCCCGCACAUCCAGCGGGUUUUCCGGGUCAGAGUGAGCUGCAGCACCGCCGAGUCCAGCUGCGAAAGCCCCAACGCCGGCUCCAGUAUCAUCGUAAACAUCGAGGACGGCAAGGAAGAAGAUUGCACUAAAGCUAAAGAGUACAUUGUGUCACUGAUUAGUCCUGUGCAUAAGCACCGUGAGCGUUUGACUCUUUGGCUGCAGCGGCGACUGCAUGCCCUACGCGCAGCUAUUGAGUACGAGAGCUGUGCCGUGGUGCAGGUGAGGGACCAUGCACUGGAGCUUCAGGGAGGUCAUGCGCAGGUAACAGCUGCAUGCGCUAUGCUGCAGCGCCUGAAGAUGGAGCAUCGUGGCUGCCGCGAACCCCAGCCCUUGCCCGCUUCCGCCGGCCAUGACUCUCCAGAAGAAGAAGAGGAGGAGGAUGAAGAAGCUGGGGAAGACGGCAGUAGUUCUGAGAGUGACGGCGAAGCACGGUUGCGGAGCGGGAGUUCUGGUGGAGCUGUCAGCGCAGCGGGGUCAGGAGAAGGAGUGACCGGAAGGAAGCAGGACCUGCUCAUAGCAACCAAACCUCACCGGCAGCUAUGCCGCUCAUCCUGUUUGGACCGUCCCAGCUUCAGUCAGAGCAGCACCUUUCAGGAGUUACGUGCAGAUGACACCCGCUCUGACUCCUCCCAGAGAGCCCUCGCUCUGCCUGCCUCCUCAGCCCAAAUGCCCUUGCGUCAAACCAGCGAUCGAGAUUACCAAACCAAAAUGGACUUUGCUCUGAAACUGGGCUACUCCGGAGAGCAGGUGGAGUCUGUUUUGAGUAAACUGGGGUCCAGUGCACUAAUCAAUGAUGUAUUGGCCGAGCUGGUGCGGCUAGGGAAUAAAGGAGAUCCAGAGAACCAGGCUGCAGUGGGCACUGCUGGUUUAAUGCCACGGGCGAUGGGAGCCAAAGAAGCCAUAAGCCCUGAGGCAUCACUGGAGGAAGACCCAUCAGACACAUAUGACAACCUCCGACCAAUCGUGAUUGAUGGAUCCAAUGUUGCCAUGAGCCAUGGAAACAAAGAGGUGUUCUCAUGCCUGGGCAUUCAACUGGCUGUUGAUUGGUUCCUAGAGAAGGGCCACAAAGACAUCACAGUUUUCGUCCCAGCAUGGAGGAAAGAACAGUCAAGACCUGAUGCACCAAUCAAAGAUCAGGAGAUCCUACGGAAAUUAGAGAAGGAAAAGAUCCUUGUCUUCACACCGUCUCGCAGAGUCCAAGGCCGGCGAGUGGUUUGCUACGAUGACCGUUUUAUCGUCAAGCUAGCCUGUGACUCAGAUGGGAUCAUUGUGUCCAACGAUAACUACCGAGACUUGCAGAAUGAGAAACCGGAGUGGAAGAAAUUUAUUGAGGAACGACUCCUCAUGUACAGCUUCGUCAACGACAAGUUCAUGCCUCCUGAUGAUCCUUUAGGGAGACACGGACCCAGUCUGGAAAAUUUUCUCCGUAAACGACCAGUGGUUCCAGAGCACAAGAAGCAGCCGUGUCCUUAUGGUCAGUACAGCAAAAGUAAGAAGUGCACGUACGGCCAUAAGUGCAAGUACUACCACCCAGAAAGAGCCAACCAAUCACAACGGGCUGUCGCAGAUGAGCUCAGAGCCUUUGCCAAACUUUCUGCUGUAAAGACAAUGAGCGAGGGGGCACUUGCCAAAUGUGGGACCUCUGGUUCUGCUGCCAAGGGAGACAGUAGCUCAGAGGCAAAGCGAGUGGCACCCAAGCGCCAGUCUGACCCCAGUAUCCGGUCAGUUGCAUGUGAGCAAGAAGAGAGACUCUGUCCAGCGCGGAAGGCUGAGGCCAGUUCUGUACCGUCUUUAGUUUCAGCGCUUAGCGUUCCAACUAUGCCACUGACGAAAAGUCACGCAGCAGGCGCUCUGAACACACGCUCAGCGAGCAGCCCUGUUCCAGGGUCUCUGCACUUUACCCACAGCUCGCUUGAACAUGCAGGCAGCAUCCAGUAUCCCCCCAUCCUAGUCACCAAUAGCCAGGGAGCCUCUGUGGCUUACGGUGAGCCGUUCCCCAAGUAUGACUCUGUGGUAAGCGACCAUGGCUACUAUUCCAUGCUCAGUGACUUCUCCACCAUGAGCCUCCAAGACAGUUUCUGCAGUCUUGAACAGCCAGAGCCUGUAGGGGUUGGUGGAGGAUAUCCUGGCAGAGCCAGCAUGUGCCCAGAACCUGGCCGAAGCCAUUCAUCGGACUCCUUCUCAUCCUACAGUGGAGAGAUGUACCUCAACUCAUUGGAGGGCAGCCUGGACGACAGCAUGAAAGGGCCACCUUCGCAGUCCCAGACGCAACCUUCGGUGCAAACGCGCCUUCAAGCCUUUGCUCACGGUUUCCACCAUGAGGCCUUGACACGUGUACAGAGCUACGGAACGGAUGAACCCAAACCGGGUCCUCGAAAGCAGUCCUCCGCCCACCUUGCGCCACACUCCCAACACCCAGUUGUUGGCGCUCGAUCCAGCUGCCCAGGAGAUUACCCUCCACUCUCCCAGAACAUGCUGCCUUCUGCCAGCCCCUCACAGCAGAGUCGAUCCUUGGGCAUGACUCGAAUGGACAGCAUCUCUGACUCACGGCUCUACGAGAGCAACCCGCUGCGCCAAAGGAGACCUCCUCUUUGCCGAGAGCAGCAUGCCAGCUGGGACCCUUUGCCAUGUGGUAAUGAGCCCUACAGUUAUGGAAGCUACGGAUUAACAGGAGGCCUUAUGCCUUGCUGUGAAAGGGUGAUGGUCCGCAGCAUGCCCGAGAAGAUGGAGCAGAUCUGGAGGUCCCCAUGGGAUAGCGUGCCGCCUCCACCGCCCAGUGCUCGUGGGCCAGUGGAGGAACCCCAAGAGCGGCACCCUAUUCCAGAACACCAGUAUCAAACCUACCGAAACCUCUGUAACAUCUUCCCGGCAUUUGUGGUCCAUUUGGUCAUGGAGGAGAACCCUCACAUGACCGAUCCCCAGCAGCUGGCUGCCGUCAUCGUCACUAAACUGCGCUCUUGCCACUAAGCACAUCACAAAAGGCUGCUAACAACACCACCAUAAUAUUUAGAUAUCCUAGUGAAUGAGAAAUUGGAUGCCUUGAAAAUUUCAUAUUUUUGUUUCACUCUAAAGAAACAGCCAGCCCCCAUAUGUAAUUAUGAUCAGAUUGGAUCCAUUAGGAGGUUGGCUAGCAUGAUAGCAUUGAUGCUGCAUUGGUUAUUAUGUAAUCUGUUAAGCCAUUUGGGAGCCUGGAUCUUGUACCUUUUAAAGUUUAGCAUAGAAACGUGAGAUCCCUCAUAAAAGUCCUGCUUUCUCCACCGUUUAGCUCCUGAGAUAGGCCAAAAAGUUCUUAAGGUUGUUCAUUAAGCCGACUCAAAAGUGUAUCCACAUUGAGAGAGCAACUGCCUGCCAGUUUGAUGGCAGAUCUUGAGAAUGUGUUAUUUCGUUGGUGAUGAUAACAUUUAUCCUUUGAAAAAGAGUUACAUGAGAGAAAUCUCUUUGGUAAAACCGAUCAGAAAUGAUCCUGCACAAUAUGAAUAGUAUUGUGUAUGUAUAUGUGUAUUCACUUGCAUUUGCGUGUAAAUGACGUGACACCGUGGUGUGUUUUUUUUGGUGUGCGUGAUGACUUGAUGUGUGAUUUUGGAAAGAGGAAUGAACGCUUGUGUACCUCAAAGCAUGACCUUUGAACUUUUAUGGCCUUACAUCGGAGCGACCUCACCACACAUUAAUGUGAAUAGUACUUAAUAGUUGUGGAGGUCGCUGAUUUGCAUUUGUUUUAUAAAAGCGAGCACUGGGACAGAAAGGUAUAGAUUCUGCCGUGCUGCAGUUCAGACAUUUUAAUUGGCUGGGCUGUAACUGCAAACCGGCCUUGCAACGUCUGUUUGCACACAUGCACGGAUACGUAUUUACGAAGCCAUUUUAAAAGAUUGAGCCAAACAGAAAAUCAAUGUACAUUUUCCUGAUCUGAAAGCACUAGGUAUAUCUAGUUGGAGAAGAUAUUAUUCAUAUGUAUUUGCUAAAUGUUGUUGCUGUAUUGUAGAUUUUAAGAGAGAUGUUUGAGUAAGCAUGGGCUUCAGUAAAUCUCUCCCAGACAGCAUGUUAACACUAUGCUUGACAGAGAGCGCCGGUCACAUUUGGCUCGUUAGUCAAUAACUAUGUUUUCACAAGUAUUCACAAACUGGGGAGGAGAAUGCGUCUCUUCGGCAAAAUGCUCUUGUGCAGCAUCUAUUUCCUGAUUGAUGCCGAGAGACUGCCCCAUUUCAUCUGCUCCGCCCUGUAAAUUAACAUAUCUUCAGGAAAGCGUGAAUGUUAUUUGUCCAGAGAUGCUCUGGGUGUUUAAAAAAAAAAAAGACUUAAAUUGCUCCUUCAUUUUUUUUCAUGAGCACAGGAGUGGCCCCGUAGGGCCACCGUUACUGCUCGUGGGAAGGUGUGACACACUGCCUACCUGUCUCUUCCUGUGCGACACACACACGGAACACCAGGCUGUUGUUGGGUUGUUUCUGACAUUUGGCUGACAGUUGGCUUGCUGCCUCUCUACCGCCCCUGACCCUGCUUCAACUUGGACACAAAACCCAACCUCUCAGCUCCCUAAUACGAACACAGAUGGUUCUCAUUCCCUUUAGUUUUAUUUUUCAUCAAAGUUCUUCCAGAAGGCCAUUAAUGAUUUUUUUUCUUUUUACAAUCUCUGUUUUUUUAUAUAUAUAUAUAUAUAUAUA